CCCACUACCACCAAAGCUACCAUGUCGGGCGAAGCGUGGCUCUACCUCUUUGCCGUCAUCCUCUCGGCCGCACUCCUCUUCACCUCGGUCUUCUUCAUCAUCAUGUUCUCCGACCUCGAGUGCGACUACCUCAACCCGAUCGACCUGUGCAACAAGCUCAACCAAUUCGUCCUCCCCGAGAUGAUCGCGCACGCCUUCCUCACCGUGUGCUUCCUCCUGUCGUUCCAAGUCGUGUCGUUCCUCCUCAACGCGCCCCUGCUCGCCUACAACGUCAACAAGGUCGUCAACCGCAACCACAUGUUUGACGCGACAGAGAUCUUCCGCACCCUCGGACAGCACAAAAAGGAGUCGUUCUUCAAGCUCGGCUUCUACCUCGUCUUUUUCUUCUACGCCCUGUACCGCAUGAUCCUCGCGCUCGUCGCCGAGGACUGAGCGCGUCGACUCGGCCUCGUCGAGGAGGGAUCGGGCACGCGCAGUACACGCCAACGUCGCACGGACUCUAUAAUGACGCUCUCUCUCUCUC